AUGUCUUCACCUCUUGACAAUAAUCGAAAUCGAAAUUUAACGAGAAGAAGAACGAGAAGACGAACGAGGCAAAUUAUAAAUUCCAACGGACCACUUCAAAGAUCACAAAUUCGUCGUCGUCGUGUACUAACCAAUUGGAUCGCUAAUCUUCCGCUACAAUCAAGUAAUGAUGCUCAAAAGAACGAAAUUCGACAAGGACAAACCUUUGAUAAUCGUGAGAUCUUGAAAAGAAUCAAUGCACUUCCUCCACAAAUAACAGGUAAUAAUAGAUUUGCAGAAUACUUGUUGGCGGAAUUAACUAUUAUUAAUCGAACGCAUGAUUAUUCAUUAACAAACAAACAAUGA